AUGUCCAACAACCGUACCCGCAAGCAGGCCAAGAAGGCCGCAGCAGAACCCCUCUCGGAGCUCGAAAAGGCCAUUCGUGCUAUCGACCUGGCCACCGAAUCCGCCAACGCUGCCAAGGAACGCAAGCCAUGCUAUUGUCUUGCGACGAAGCACAAGCUGAACGUAUUUGCGCCCAAUUGCCUGAGCUGUGGCAAAAUCAUCUGCGCUCUCGAAGGGCCAGGCCCCUGCACCUACUGCGGCAAGUCCGUGGUCUCGAUCGAACAACAACAGGCCAUGGUGCUUGAACUUAAACGGGAAAAGGCCGUGCUCGCUAAACAAAAGGCCAUGGCGACCGCGACUCGAAAGAAUAAGGCGACGGCCGUCAGUACUGCAGGAUAUGCCAGCAAGCUGGGAGGAGGCAUGUCCGCGGCCACGGGCGCCGCAGGCGGAUGGGUCGGGUUAAACCAUGAAUCAAGAGGGAUGACGGAGGAAGAAGAGCUAGAGGAAGCCAUGAAGGCGUCGUUGGCGCAGGCUCAUAAAGAGAAAUUGUUGGAGUUUGAUCGGACGAGUGCACGUCGAUCGCAUGUUAUUGAUCAGGCAACGGAUUUUGUUCUUCCAGGAGAUCGUCCGAAUUUGUGGUUAACGGAGGAGGAGAGGCAACAGGAGGCAGUAAAGGCGAAGCAGAAUCUGGAGAAGGUGACAGCUGCGGCGAGUGGAUACCAGCGUGCAAAGGUGAUGACGAUCGAUGUGGUCAACCGUCGGGUCGUGGUUGAGCCAUCUACAGGGAGCCAUGCGCAGGAAGAGGAAGAGGAUGAUGCGGUACCAGAGCCGGUGAGCGCGUUUGAUUUGACAAAGUCAACGAGUGUCAGUGGAGGAGAUCGACAUGGCGGACGGGGAGGUGCCUUUGCGAUGAACCCGUUGCUUCGUAUGGGCGAGAACCCGACGUUUAUUCCGCACAGGAGCGCCAAAUCUGCGAAGAGUGCGAAGGAGAAGGUGCUGAAGAUCAAAUCAGAGAAGCCGAAGGUUUCGAAACUGCAGUACGAUGAAGGCAGUUAUGCAGCAUUGAUGGAGGAUGCGCAGGUCUCGUUCAGUUCCGGAGGCGAUUCACAAGAUGUCCUUGCCAGCAUUGUCGAGCCAAGCUGCGGAUGA